AUGGAGACCAGGGAGGACAAAGCCCCAUCGCGGAACCUCGUGGAAGAGAGGUUUCACAGCAGCUCCCAACUCCUCGUGCACCAGCCGAUUCACACGGAUGAGAAGCCCUUUUGCUGCCCUGACUGUGGGGAGGGCUUCAAGCACAACUCCACCCUUGUCACCCACUGGCGCAUCCACACUGGGGAGAGGCCCUAUGAGUGUGGGGAAUGUGGGAAGAGCUUCAGCCAGAGCUCCCGCCUCAAUACCCACAAAUGCAUCCACACUGGGGAGAGGCCCUACGAGUGUCCUGAAUGUGGGAUGGAGUUUCAGACCAGCUCCAAUCUCCUCGUCCACCAACGGAUUCACACGGAUGAGAGGCACUUCCACUGCCCUGACUGCAGGAAGGGCUUCAAGCAAAACUCCACCCUCAUCAUCUACCAGCGCAUCCACACUGUGGAGAGGCCCUGCGAGUGUCCCCAGUGUGGGAAGAGCUUCUCCAGGAGCUCUAACUUGACCAAACACCAACGGAGGCACCAGUAAGGGAAGCCCUGCGAGUGCCUCAAGUGCAGGAAAAGCUUUGUGCACUGCUCCAGUUCCAUCCCCCAUCAGAGGACUCACAUUGGGCAGAGCCCUGAUGACCCACGUUCCCAGUGAUCUGUGUUGGGAACACACUGGGCUGGUGGUCAUUCUGGUUUGGUUCUAUCUUUUGAUUCAUCAGCAUUCCUGUAAAACAGACAAAAUUGGGGCAAAAUCUAUGAAUUCAUCAAAGGCAUCUAAAGCCUCACUUUUCAGUAGUGCUUUAAGGGAAUCUGGUAUUCAAGGAGAUACUUGGGAGUAUUUGGGGAUUUUGGGGGUAUUUUGGUGGAGUUGUCUCCAUUUCUUGCCACUCAAAGAGUCUAGAGGCUUUGAUCUGUCACCUCUAAACCACUCAAUGCCACUGAAUUCUACUCAGUCCCACCCAAAAUUACUGGAUUCCACAGCCCCUCAGGGUGUGAUGUCUUUAGUUUUAGCUUUCAUAUUUUUCAUAUUCUGCACUGUCUUGGUUUGUAGUUUUGAACUUCAUAUUAAGUGUUAGUGAGCUCUCUUCACAGUGUAGGUAGACAAAACAAUUCCUUUUCUAGCUUGAUACCAAGGACAGUCAUUACAAGUUCCAGGCCCAAAAGCAUAACCAAGGGUGGACUGAAGAGAGAAAACAAGAAGGAUGGGACUUCAUCAUCUGAAGCUGUCAUUGGACAAUGAACCCCAAUAUGCGGUUGGACCUAAACUUCUAAA